CGUCGGUGCCAAUAGGCGCAGCGCUAUCUAAUUAAACCCCUACCACGUAGUCCCGGCGACACCAUCCCCCCAUUUAAAUCCACUCCACCAGCGCCGCUCUCCCACCAACACACCGUCCUCCGCCACUGUUCCGUCCCGUCCACGAUCCGGACCCUGGAGGAAAACAAGCGCACGCACGCCGCAGCCGCCGCCGCAGCAGAAGGAGCCACGACCCGGUCCGCGCCGCAGCACCGUCACUGCUGCCUCUCGCUUGCGCACUAACAUGGUUUGCAGGGCUCGCCUGCUGUAGCCAAGGGGGCACCGAGUCAGUCAGUCACUCAGCCAGUUCUUCGGUGUGUGUGUGUGUGUGCGUGUGUAAGUGCGCGCGCGUGUGUGUGUGUGCAGAUGUGAGCGCAAUACGGAGCAGAUACAGUAGGAACCAGGAGGAGACCUCGGACGCACGGUCCAGCAGCUCCCGAGAGCAGCAUCCCCGCAUCUCUCCCCGGCCGCACAACCGGAGCUGGGUCACCGCCCUCCCCCGCGUCCCCGGCUGCAGCGACACCACCUUGGCGCAAUCGGGUGUGCAAAACGCGGACUGGCUAGAGCUGUAGUUCCCGUCGUUGUCAAGGAAACCGAGAGUCCCGUCCUGUUACCAUGGGGAAACAGAACAGCAAGCUGCGGCCAGAGAUGCUCCAGGACCUCCGGGAGAAUACGGAGUUCUCCGACCACGAGUUGCAGGAGUGGUACAAGGGUUUCCUGAAGGAUUGCCCCAGUGGCACCCUGAAUGUUGAGGAGUUCAAGAAGAUUUACGCCAACUUCUUCCCCUACGGCGACGCCUCCAAGUUCGCUGAGCACGUCUUCCGAACCUUCGACACCAACGGUGACGGGACGAUAGACUUCCGGGAGUUCAUCAUUGCCCUGAGCGUGACGUCACGGGGCAAGCUGGAGCAGAAGCUGAAGUGGGCCUUCAGCAUGUACGACCUGGACGGAAACGGGUACAUCAGCCGCGAUGAGAUGCUGGAGAUUGUACAGGCCAUCUACAAGAUGGUGUCAUCUGUGAUGAAGAUGCCAGAGGAUGAAUCCACGCCAGAGAAGAGGACAGACAAGAUCUUCAGACAAAUGGACCUCAAUAAUGAUGGCAAACUGUCCCUGGAGGAGUUCAUCAAAGGUGCCAAAAGUGACCCCUCCAUCGUGCGGCUACUCCAGUGCGACCCCAGCUCGGCCUCCCAGUUCUGAACUGCUGCCUCGCCGCGACCCCCUCCACCCCCACCCACCCUCUCUGUUGCUGUUGAACUAGUCACUCAAAUCAAUGCAUGAUGGUUUCUCAUCUCUCAUAUCGUCAUAAUUGUUUUUUGAUGUCGCGUGCAAGGAUGGAGGGGGCAUUUGAAAGGGGAUAAGAAAAGUCAUCACUCUCAUUUUACUUUCAUUUGGUAUAUGUGGGGAAGACGAAGGGAGAAGCGUACAUUCAUUGAUCAGUCAACAGAGGUGUUUUUCCGCUAAUGUCCCCCCCCAACAUCUCUCUCUCUCUCUCUCUCUCUCUCUCUGGAAUGUCGGAGUUCCAGGGAGCUUGUGACAAAGUUUUUUGCUGGCUGGGGAUUGCUCACGCGCUCCUCCAAAACACGUGUAUAUCAUGUACAUACUGUAUGUCUGUGUAUAUCACAAGAUGAAGUACAUUUGUCUUCAUGUACGGUGCACUCACUCUGGCAUUGAAAGGCAGUAUUAUGUAGCGUAGCUUCCUGGUCUGAUCUGUAUGGGUGGGCGGGGGCUGACGGCGGGUGGGCGGGGGCGUUAUUGGGAUUUUUCUGCUGUAUGAUGUUUUCGCUGAGAAAAAGAAGGCCUAAGAUCCCAUUCAGUUUUUAUUCAAUGCCUACUGGCAUUUUGUUGAUUUAAAAUGUUCAAUGUUUUUUUUGUUUUUUUUUCAUUUGUACUUAUUAUUUUUCUCCUUCAUGGUGUUUUAUUUAUUCAUUUUUAUUCUUAUUAACUGUGCUUUUACUUUGACAAGUUUGUUAAAGAUGACCAUGUUCCAGUUUACAGUGACAGAGAGAGAGAGGCAACGGCAGUCGAGGUCGAUCCCUUCGGGAUUUUUGUGGUUUCGUGGGAGAAUGUGAAGAAAGUCUUUGUGACACAAGGAAGUCCCAUAAUGCAUUUGAUCAAAGACACCGGUAGCACAUAUCGUUUGAGCCGCCAUGUGUUCAUGAAGCGCGGCCGUGCAUUUAGGGCCUGAAUGCAUGUGUGUGUGUGUGUGCAUGUGAAUAUGGCGCCGCGUGCUUGAGGCUAACUUUUACAGUAUUAUCAUGUUGUGCUGUUUAUUGAUUUGUGAGUAUUUAAAAAAAAAAAAAGCUCUUCAUCGAGGAGCAGUAAACCUAUCAAGUCCUACGCUGUCACCACACUGCAUGUUCCUGAGAGCCAGACGACGACACGAGCCACAACGCGCAGCGGCGUCCUUUUUGUAGCUCUGCAGCCUCCUCAGCACCGUUUUCAGGCAGAAACAACUAAAUCUUUACCAUGCUCCGGGACAAACCCCCGAUCCCCCCCCCCCUCUCCCUUUUCCUCCGACAGACAGGAGAGUUCACUAAGGGCUCGUUCACCACUCUCUAGCUGAAUGCUUUUGUAAACCUGGAUUCGUCUGCUCACAGGCGCAGGGACAUGUUUCGCGAGACACGAGCAAGCCCGGACACUUGCUCCGAUUGGGAUUUGGAAGGUUCCUCCAGACGAGCGUAGUCGUCCGACGGGAGCCAGUGGCUGUGUUUAUGUUAGCGACACCCGCCCUCUCUUGUGAAGCACUGGAGACUUGACAUCGUGAGUUUUAAAACAAUAAAACAUGUUCCAGAAAAGAAACGAAAAACCCUCCACCCUAAAUACUGUGCAUGUACAAAACAGAGCCAGCGGUCGCAGCAGUGCCAGCACCACUCUCACGUAGCAGUCACUUCAGGUCCACAAUUGCAAGAUCACAGUUUUUUUUGGCGAGACAGCACACACUACAAAUUAUGUCUUGACAAAUCGGACCAUAGGGAAGCCUGGAAAUUCGAAGUUAACACAUUCAAGACACCGUGUUUGAAAGUCCUACUUUAAGAGUGAACAGACUGGGGCAAAAACAUUUUCUAUCCAUCGUGUUUGUCAUUUGAUGCUCAACUAAAAGCACUAGUUGAUGCUUUUACCACGAAACAUACCACUGUACUGACAUUUCUUUAUUUUUUUUAUAGGCUGAUAACUACUAUAUAUGUAUUUAGCAGUGGUCCAAUUUUUUUUUUGAAAUACUGGACUUGUAUUGGUACAAAUUACUAACAUAUUACUGGAGUAUUUUAAUUUUAUGCUACAUUAUACUUCUCCAUUACAUUUUGGAGGAAAACAUUGUACUUUUUACUUUACUGUAUUUAUUUGACCACUAUGUUUGCUUUUUUUAUAGAUUAAGAUUUUAUAUACAAAACAUAGGAUUCAUUUUUGAAAUAUGUAUUGUUGUAGAUUAAAGAAGUAAUACAGCAUUUAAACUUAGCUCCACCUUAAGUUAAUACCACAGCAUACAGGUUAACAUCCAAAAUUGUAACGAUAUAUAAAUUACUGGGGCCAUUUUGCAUAAUGAGUACUUUUAAUUUUUAUACUCAAAGUGGAUUUUAUUGAAGAUAUGUCUGUACUUACAGUAAUAACUUAAUUAAUGGUCCGAAUACUUCUACUUCAAUACCCCUCCUCAGAGGAAAACGGAGAAGGAUUCAGUAUUCUUUCCAGAAUUUCAUUGUUUAAGGAAGUCCUUUUAGACACUGAAUUAAAACCCAUAAUAAUCAGUUAUUCUAGCAUUGUCAGCAUCUCCAUGAAGCAGCAUCUCCAUGAAGCAGGUACUGGAUACACAUGCAUACCUUUUUUUGUUCCGCUGGUGAGUAAAGGCACUUCUCAUCAUACCAGACUCAACUGACAAACAUCUAAUUGAACAUCUCAAUGUGAUUUAUAUAUAUUGGGUUGCCCCGGCACAUUUUGCUACCUCACAAAUGGAAGUGUGUGCAGUGGUGGCCGAGUGAAAUAAAGAUUGAGGGCCUGAGAGCCAUGCUGGUGCUGCUGCAUGACAUCAGACCUACCAAGGGUUUAACUUGUACCAAAAGUGUGCAGAAUCCUAUGGUGUCACCGCCUUCUGCUGGUAGGACAAGGAACAACAGUUGCUAAACCUCCCCACCCCCCACUGAUUACAGUUUCACCCUUUUCUAUUCUCUCUGCCUCUGACAAACUGGUACCUUGUGCUGGAUAGAUAUGCCCGCUCUUUUCUUCCUUCCCAAACCCCCCCCUUUCCCAUUUUUCUGUUGCAUGAAAACCUCACGUGAGUACGUCAUGUUGGUUCCGUUUGGACAUGAAAUCGAAAAUAUAUAUAUAUAUAUAUAUAUAUAUAUAUAUAUAUAUAUAUAUAUAUAUACACACACGUGUGUUUCAAAGUAUUGCACGUGUGGACUGCUUCCUCAUUUCUGGGUCUCUGCGUCACGUGUGGAAAGCAAUUAGGGGUGAGCGGCGUUUCGCCGUGGAUGAGGCGGACGCCUGGUCUGGCAGCUGAAGCACUUGAAGUCACGCCCUGUGCAGCCCGUCAAGGCCCUGAACAUGCACCCAACGUGAUGUGGGUGAAUGUGUUUUUAGAAGCCUGUCAGUAACCAGUCACACCUGUCAGGUCACUGUAGCUGCUGCCAUUACCACGUAUUAAGUAGGGUUUUGUUUCCCCACUCGCAGAGUUCAGAUACAGAACAAACAGAAGCGCUGCAUAAUUUCUGAGUAAAAACUUUAUUUACUUAGGCAAUAAAUACAAAAUCUCACUGUA